GCAGCCCGGGCUUGGGUCUCUGUGUCAGCAGAGAGUUCUCACUGUUGUCCAUAACCUUCAGAGAGAGCAGCAGACCAAGCCCUGGGGUUCAACUGGAACCGUUACUCUGAUAAGCUACGAGCUGUUAGGGGUCAGGGCCCACGCUGUGACUGCAGGAUGGUGCUUGAGGAAAAAACUAACAGCUGUGGGACAAUAUGUCUAAAAUAUCUUCUGUUCACCUUUAACCUUCUUUUCUGGCUGGCAGGUGGUGCUGUUAUGGCAGUGGGAGUGUGGACCAUGGUGGAGAAGAGUGACUAUAUCAGUCUGCUCAGCUCCAGCUACUACUCCAUUUCCGCCUACAUCUUGAUAGCUGCUGGGGGCAUCGUUAUAAUGACAGGGAUUAUAGGGUGUUGUGCCACUCUGAAGGAGAUGAAGAGUCUUCUGAUAGUGUACCUUGUUUUGUUGCUCUGUAUUUUCCUGUUGGAAAUUACAGCUGGGGUGCUGGCAUACAUCAACUACCAGGAGUGUUUCCCUCUAUGCCAUCAGUUGGAUGAGGAGCUGAAACAGAACCUGAAGGAAACAAUGGUGAUGAAAUAUCAGCAGCCCGGUGAAGAGAGCAUCACCCAAGCAGUGGACAAGCUUCAUCAAGAGUUCAAGUGUUGUGGCAGUAACAACUCUUCUGACUGGUCAGCCAGUGUGUGGAUUCAGGCAGCACCGAAUGACAGGCUGGUCCCUGACAGCUGCUGCAAAACCCCUAGUGACCACUGUGGUCGCAGGGACCAUCCCAGCAAUAUCUAUAAUGUGGAGGGAGGUUGCAUCACCAAGUUAGAGGAAUUCAUCCUGAGUCAAUUGCAGAUCCUUGGUGCAGUGGGUAUAGGAAUCGCUUUUCUUCAGCUUGUUGGGAUGAUGUUUACUUGCUGCCUUUAUCGAAAUCUAAAGGAGGAGCCGUACUAAAUCUGGAAACAUUCAGAAGUGAAAAUAUUUUUGCCAAAUGUUUUAGAUAUUUGUGCUAUUGCCAACAGAUGGGUUAAGAUCAGCACUGCGUUCCCAGAGUGAAUUCAUCUCAACCCCACCCUUAACUACAUAAUAAAAAUACUUUUAUAAAAUUAUCAAGGUAUCCCUAGCUGGCUGCUGGAUAGCCAGUGUUCUAUUGUGAAAUACAGUAGCAUUGCAUGUUUUCUUUUCCAAAAUGUUAGCCCCAACUAUCUAAUGAUAUUUUUCAAAGGAUGACCUUAUUAAAAUAGCAUAGUUUUGUCUUGCUCGACUCCUGUUGUUCACGAAUUGUCACUAAUGAUUUAUUGUGCAAACGCCUAGCCACAGUUUCAAGCAUGCCUCCACCUCUAGCGCCUCAGCUUGAAGCAAAAGGUGGGAUUGCAUUUCCGAUUUGGCACCUGGCCCGUUCCAGUAAUGUAUUUACUUUAAUUUAUGUUCUGUUCUUGAA